AACGAAGCUCGACUCUUGUGGGCGGGGCUUCCCCUGUGCGGACAUCCGGUGUUUAAAAUGUCUCCUUAACAACCGACCUGGAGUCAAACAGCAGAAGUUUUCGGAGGAGAAACGCCUCGAGUCGGGAUGGCUGGGACUGGCGAGGGAAAGAAAGAGGAGGCCGACUACAAGAGGCUGCACAGCUUCCCUCUCAUCAGGCAUACAGACAUGCCAGAGGAGAUGAGGGUUGAGACCAUGGAGCUUUGUGUGACCGCCUGUGAAAAGUUUGCCACUAACAAUGAGAGUGCAGCGAAGAUGAUCAAAGAGUCCAUGGACAAGAAAUUUGGCAGCUCGUGGCACGUGGUGAUCGGCGAAGGCUUCGGCUUCGAGGUGACACACGAGGUGAAGAACCUGCUCUACAUGUUCUUUGGAGGGAGUUUGGCCGUGUGCGUGUGGAAGUGUUCGUAGCACCUCCUCAUCGCGGUCCCUCCGACACUCUGACAUGGUCACCGGGCUGGGCAUGAACACCAGCUGCCAGAUGCUGGUUCCAUUUGUGUCACGGGGGGGUUAGUUUGUCCACACCUACCAGACACUGUGGCAAAUAAACAAACCGUCAUUUGGAGAUCUUGUCCGAUUUGAAAAUGUAGUUGGCAGGGCAAAUAGUAAAAAGGGAAUUUCGAGAGUGGAAGGCAUAACAAUAGCUUUCUUCCUCGUCCGUCACUUUCCUUUUUCUCUUUGUUUCCAACCCUCCGUCCGUCUCUGAAGCUGUAUCCAUGGUUCUGAACAUUUUCUGAGCGUGCAUGUGCAAGUAAGUUCAACUGUUACAAACAAUACAGCCAGCCCGGGUCUCCAGAGUCCUUUAUUCUCAUUCCUCUUCAGGGAGUGUGCGUGUGUGAGCGACUUUAUAUGUUUGUGUGUGCUGGACACACACCGUUUUUUGAAAUUACAUUUUAUCCCCGUCACCUUCCUCAGCAGUAAACUGUCCUCACACUUCUGUAACUUUCUCUCCAACCGCACUAGUCUUUCAAUAAACUUUGUAAUAUUUUUUAUGUGUACAUAUUUUGAUGCGACUUGAAGAACUUGUUUUUAAAGACCAGUGUCGUCUUCUUACAACUAAAGGCUCUAAUAUCCGGAGCCCAACAACACUAAAGCAGAUCCACCUUUUCUCCCUGUAAAGGUGUUUGUAAUAAUCCCUGAUGAUGUCGCCCCGCUGGGCGAUGUCAACAAUGUGAUUGUUUUCAUGUUGAUGCCAGUUUAAAUGAUCCAGUGCAAUGGAGCAUUUUGUGUGAAUUGACCUGAUUGUACAAUAAACUCUGAAAUGUGGUUAAGGAA